AGCUGUUGCCGGCCUUAUCAACAACAGCAAUAAUCAUUUACAUAUGUAUGUACAUACAUAUGUUACAAAUUUGUACCUCGAGAAGCCGUGUUAGAUAAGACGGGCCAAUAAUAUGCCUUUGUCGGAAAUAGUGAGUGGAUUAUCAACGAAUCCCUAUUUCGGGGCGGGCUUUGGUCUCUUUGGAAUAGGCGCUGGAGCGGCAAUUUUACGGAAAGGUGCCCAAGGUGCUCUGAUUCUUUUUCGCCGGCACAUGAUGAUUACAUUGGAAGUGCCAUCCCGUGACAAAUCAUAUCAAUGGCUUUUGCAAUGGAUUACCGUAAGAGGAGCAAGAGAGACACAGCACCUCAGCGUGGAGACGUCUUUCGUGCAAAAAGAAACUGGCCAAAUACGUACCAAGUAUGAUUUCAUACCUAGUAUUGGAAAACAUUUGAUGCGUUAUAAGGGCGUUUGGAUACAAGUGGAGCGUACGCGGGAGCAACAAACUCUGGACUUACACUUGGGUUUGCCUUUUGAGAGCGUUACGUUAACAGCAUUUGGUCGUAAUAAGGAACUUUAUUUCGGUAUACUGGAAGAGGCGCGCUUGCUUGCGCUGGAAGCAACUGAAGGAAAAACUCUCAUGUACACAGCUAUGGGCUCUGAGUGGCGGCAAUUCGGACACCCACGCCGAAGGCGUCCACUGUCAUCGGUCGUGUUGGAGAAAGGUGUUGCGGAGCGUAUUGUUACCGAUUGUAAGGAAUUUAUAGGUAACUCCCAAUGGUAUAUAGACCGAGGUAUCCCAUAUCGGCGCGGAUAUUUAUUAUAUGGACCACCAGGUUGUGGAAAGUCCAGUUUUAUCACUGCAUUAGCUGGCGAACUCGAAUACGGUAUUUGUCUGCUUAAUUUAUCAGAACGCGGCCUCACUGAUGACAGAUUAAACCAUCUUUUAAAUGUUGCGCCAGAACAAUCUAUAAUAUUGCUAGAGGACGUAGAUGCCGCUUUUGCCUCUCGUGAAGAUGUUAAACAACAGGCGGCAGCCUAUGAGGGACUCAAUCGUAUUACUUUUAGUGGGUUGCUUAACUGUCUGGACGGUGUUGCCUCAACAGAGGCACGAAUUGUAUUUAUGACCACAAAUUACUUAGAUCGUUUGGAUCCGGCGCUUAUACGACCAGGUCGUGUUGAUGUUAAGGAAUACGUUGGCUACUGUGAUGCACAUCAGCUGGAGGAAAUGUUUCUGCGUUUCUAUGGCAAACAAGAAAAAUUCCCAGAAAAGGCUGCGAAGGAAUUUGCAAAAUCCGUGUUGGCUGAUGGUCGAAAUGUAAGUCCUGCCCAGGUGCAAGGCUAUUUCAUGCGUCACAAAACUGCCACUUCGACGGAGGUGCUGGCACAUACCGCUCAAAUAUGGGAAGGAAGCUUAUCUACAGCACUGUCAAAGGAACCACUUACAGUAAAGGCAAGCGCUGCGUAGAUAAAUAUUACUCGCUCACUGCAAUUGAUGUGUCAUGCCUAGUUGGUAAAUAAGCAUUACAAAUAGCGCUGCAGAAUUGCAUAUUUCCUUUGUCAUAAAUAAAAAAAUAUAUAUAUUGCGACUA